UAACCGUCUCAUUUCGCCCAUUCCAGCACCGCAACCCGUCUGCUUCAGACACGCUCAAACAGUCCCUCUCACAAAGAGUCGUGUUGCAGCGCAGCAUGUACUCCUCCAACCCCCAUGCUGCUAUGCCUCCGCCUCAGUCGAGGUCGGUCGCGCCAGAGACCUUCUUAUUAGAUCAGGACGCUCAGCAAAGCCUGCCGCCAGACAGCAUCGUCGCUCUCCAGCAGGUCGACAACCUCAAAUAUUUCCUCAUCUCAGCUCCUGUUGAUUGGCAACCCGAUCAGUACAUCCGCAGAUUCCUCUUGCCCACUGGCGAGUAUGUUUCUUGCGUCCUAUGGAACAACCUUUUUCACAUCUCCGGAACCGACAUCGUGCGAUGCCUGUCUUUUCGCUUCCAGGCCUUUGGCCGUCCCGUCAAGAACUCGAAGAAAUUCGAAGAGGGUAUCUUCUCUGACCUGCGCAAUCUGAAGUCCGGCACCGACGCCUCGCUCGAGGAGCCAAAGAGCGCCUUUUUGGAUUUCUUGUACAAGAACAACUGCAUCCGCACACAGAAGAAGCAGAAGGUUUUUUACUGGUACAGUGUGCCUCAUGACCGCCUCUUUCUCGAUGCGCUCGAGCGCGAUCUCAAGCGCGAGAAGAUGGGCCAGGAAGCCACCACCGUAGCCGUCAGCGAGCCUGCCCUAUCCUUCGAAUUCGACUCGUCCCAGUCGCUCUUCGAGCAGCUCACCAAGGCCCAACAGACCAACUCGUCCUCCUUCAACAACAAUGUGCAGAGCUACUCUCAAUCCACAUCGCCGGACAUGCGCGCCAUGGACCCGAUGCCCCCACCACAGAUGGUGCCGCAGCAAAUGCCGCCUCAAGUCCACGAGGAACCCAUGCACCACCCUCAGAUGGCUCCUUUCCAGCAAAUGACCAUGGCUCCCAUGGCUCCCAGCAUGCCCGCUCAAGUGGUCAAGAGCAGAGAACGCGAGUACGGCAAUUCCGUCCAGUACGACCGCAACGGGAUCCCUCUGUCCCAAGUCCACCAGCGACACAGCUCGAUGCCUGCCUACAUGGAAUAUUCACCCGCGCCUUCGUUUGUUUCAUCACACUACGAAGACUACAGCACUCGCGGCAUGUCUUUCGAGCCCCUGACACCCCCUCAGCAUCAGAUCAGCCUUGGUGCUGAGCCUGCAUACAUCGCGAACGAAGACACUGGCCUCUACAGCGCUAUCCCCGAGCUUGGUGUAUCGACGUCUUUCAACCCGCUCAUGAACAUUCCUCCAUCCAACUUGAUGGGCAAUGGUUUUGCCAAUGUCUCGAGGCCUUUCCCUCCAGGAAACGUCUACUCCGUGAUCGAGGGAUCGCCCACAUAUAAGCAGCGCAGAAGACGAUCUUCCAUCUCGCAAGGUGUUGCCGCGCUCGCUGCAUCAGGUGCUGCACCUCACCAGGUCCACCGCCCAAGUGAUUUGAGGCGGUCCAUGUCCAGUUCCAUCCUCCCUGUAGCGGAGGGCGAAGAGUCACAGUCGAACCACAACUCCCCUAACAGUGUCACCGGUCCCAGCAUCAACAACCCGUUGACAGACUCAAAGUCUCAGGUGGACGUCUCGCGGCACGGUACUCCUCUCCACACAGUAGAAGAAGACAGCCCGCCACAGCAGCACGGCAUGUUGCCCCAGGACGACAUGAACAACCUUGUCAAUGGAGACAUGUUUGAGGGUGGUCCUCUCCAGCACAGCGCAGUGGCCCGCACCGCCGGCCAACCCGGCGUUUUCCGACGCGCGCGCAGCGCUACCAUGAUGGAAAUCGGGCCGUACCCGCAGAAAUCUCACUCAUGCCCAAUCCCCACCUGUGGACGGCUUUUCAAGAGGUUAGAACAUCUUAAGAGGCACGUGCGUACGCACACUCAAGAGCGGCCAUACGUGUGCCCCCUGUGCAACAAAGCCUUCUCCCGCUCCGACAACCUUGCCCAACAUCGUCGCACACACGAACCUCGCCAAGACGGCGAGCCGCUCGAUUUCAACGAGGAAGAUCUCGAAGGCGAAGAUGGCCAUCUGGACUCCCUCGAGGAGGAAUCUCCCGAAUCGGGCAAUGAUUACCUCCAAGGCCUUCCUCACAUCCCAACCCCCAUCUCAGAUAUCCCUGGCCCGCUCGCCAUGAGCAUGGCACCCUCACAUCAGCUUAUUGCAGCACACAACUAUUAG